AUGGAUGCACUGCCCAUUUACCACGGGGGCAUCACCCGUGAGGCUGGGGAGAAGCUGCUGCUGGCGGCGGGCACUGACGGCAGCUACCUGCUGCGGGACAGCGAGAGCAUCCCGGGAGUCUACUGCCUCUGCGUGCUGCAUCAGGGCUUUGUUUAUACCUACAGAGUGUCCAAGACAGAAACUGGGUCCUGGAGCGCUGAGACAGCGCCCGGGGUCCACCGGAGGCUCUUUCGGAAAGUGCACAACCUCAUUUCGGCCUUCCAGAAACCCGACCAAGGCAUCAUAACGCCCCUGCAGCACCCAGUCGUCAACCAUGCGAAAGCCAAAUACCCCCCAGGGAGAAAUGAAGGCCAUGACCUCCACCUGCAGCCGUCAUGAAGAUGUUUCCCCAAGUGUGACAUAAUCAUAUCUUCCAGCAUCUCCUCUAGUCCGUGCUCUAGAACAGAAUGAUUUGUAUGAUA